CCAAAGACUUCUUCAAUUUUGGUGGUGGAAAUGUCACAGACAUCAAGCAUGGGCAGUACGGAAGUUUUAGCUUUACCAGAGAGAAAAAAAGAAAGAAAUAGCAGCAGAGACUUUCUCUCUGUGAAAGAUGUGCCCUCAAGAACCUUAAGCGUAGAGAGAAAAGCAUCUCAACAACAAUGGAAUCGAGGCAACAUUACAGAAGGAAAAAUUCCUCACAUAAGAAUGGACAAUGGAGCUGCUAUUGAGGAAAUCUAUACCUUUGGAAGAGUAUUGGGACAAGGGAGCUUUGGCUUGGUUGUUGAAGCUACAAACAAGGAAACGGAAACAAAAUGGGCAAUUAAAAAAGUGAAUAAGGAAAAGGCUGGAAGCUCUGCUGUAAAGUUACUUGAACGGGAGGUGAACAUCCUAAAAAGUGUGAGACAUGAACAUAUCAUACAUCUGGAACAAGUAUUUGAGACACCCAAGAAAAUGUACCUUGUGAUGGAACUUUGUGAGGAUGGAGAACUCAAAAAAAUUCUGGACAGGAAAGGGCAUUUCUCAGAGAACGAGACAAGGUGGAUCAUUCAGAGCCUCGCAUCGGCUAUAGUGUAUCUUCAUAAUAAGGAUAUAGUACAUAGAGAUCUAAAACUGGAAAACAUAAUGGUUAAAAGCAGCUUUAUUGAUGCCAACAAUGAAAUGAGAUUAAAUAUAAAGGUGACUGAUUUUGGCUUGGCAGUGAAGAAGCAGGGCAGGAGUGAAGCCAUGAUGCAGACCACAUGUGGAACUCCCAUCUAUAUGGCCCCUGAAGUUAUCAAUGCCCACGACUAUAGCCAGCAGUGUGACAUUUGGAGCAUAGGUGUCAUAAUGUACAUGUUAUUAUGUGGAGACCCACCCUUUAUGGCAAGCUCAGAAGAAAAGCUUUUUGAGUUAAUAAGAAAGGGGGAACUACGCUUUGAAGAUCCAGUCUGGGAUUCUGUGAGUGAAAAUGCUAAAAGUGUUUUGAGGCAGCUUACGAAGGUAGAUCCUGCUCACAGAAUCACAGCCAAGGAGCUCCUCGACAGCCAGUGGUUAACAGGCAACACACUGGCUUCAGGGAGACCAUACAAUGUGUUAGAAAUGAUGAAAGAAUGGAAAAAUAAUCCAGAAAGCGAUGAGGAGAACACAGCAGAUGAGAAGACUUAUUGGUCCAUUCAAGAAAAAUUGAAGAACUACCAUCUCAAAGGCAAUGCCCAUGAUGCCAAUGACAGUUCAGAUGGAGAGGAAGGAAAGCAGUCUCCUACAUCCCACAAGAAGGCAACUGCAAACAUCGUUGACACGUGCCAUUCCACUUGCACGUCCGCUUCCACAUCUAGCAGGCUCCUUCCGGCCGAUCUCAAGGGCGAAGCAGAGAAGACCCCUGCGACCGCAGGCCAAGGGACUGCAGCCAAAGUCACUGCAAAAUCCACUGUCCAGCCUAAAACCAAAAAAAAACUCUAAGACCCCUUCUCCGCUGAAUGGCACAGAAACAAACCCAUUCUUUCUAGUGCUAAGGUGAGGGGGUGGACGGGGACAAGGAGAGCGCUCUGCCGAGCUGUUAGCCUCCGAGCUCUGCUGAGCCCCGCCGUGCAUUUGUGCCCAUGUAAAACCAAAGCGGGUUAUCUCCAAAGCAGCAUGAACUGCUGCAUACGGUCUUAAAGGACAGGCAGCAGUGGGCCUGCCAGCAGCUGCGGCCAGCAUCAGCUCUGUGAAUGCCAGCGCUAGGUGGGAUACGAAGGAGGCAGAGUCCCUCCAGUGCAAGGUUGUGGGCACACUUGGCUCAGUUUGACUUCAAAUUCUUAUAUUUAGGCACAGUUAUUUAUAGGGGAAAAUAAGAGGCCCAAUACAAUAGUGAAGGUUCCCAGUGAAUGUGUGCACUUUGCACUGCAAAACUGUUCCAAAGUGACAAAUAAACUUGCCAGAGGGCGUCAGUCAUUCCUCUGUGUUCUUGUGAUUUCAAGUUGCUGUGGAUGGUUUCAAACAACUUAUUUUAAAUAAGUAGGAAACUAGGAGAUUUUAUAUCAGAUUACCAUUAGCUUGCUGCUAAAUUUCGAAUGUAUUGAUUGCAU